AUGUCUCAAUACAACAAUUCCAUUGGUCUCUUCAAUCAAACCGACACGACUUCUCUUUUAGAAACAGUGACUCGUUUCUACAAUGAUAAAAUCCAUCAAAACCAUUAUGCCCAUAAUUAUUUGGAUGAUCAUUAUCAUUCCGUUUCCUUCAUUGUUGGAAUGAUCAUUUUGGGAUUGCUCGUUGUGGUCGUUCUUCCACUCAAAACUUUUUCAUUGCUCUAUUAUUGCAUGAUUGGAAAUUCUAGAAGAAAGAGGAACGCUUCUCUUUCCUCAACAAAUGAUAUCUUGCAAGAACCUUCUUCAACUCCUUUUGAUAAUUCUCAACAACAACGAGAAACAUUGAGAGAAUCCAAGAAUGACAAGUAUUGUUUCAUGAGUUUUACAAAAUUUGUGGCUUUGGAAAUGUGUUGUGGAUGGAUUCCUUCAUUUCUGGUUUGUGUGUUUUUAUGUUUGUUGAUUUUAUUUGCUUCUGCAUUUUCAAAGAUUCAUUUUGCAGGAGCUGCCAUGUUAAUGAGUUUGGUCAUGUUGUUUUGGUUUGUUCAUUCGGUCAUGUUGGAUGGUGGUGUGUUUAUGGCAGGACUUUUUCACACUUUACAAAAGGUUCAAGAGCAUUACCAUUUAAGGAAAAGUCCACAGAAUCAACACGGAGCCAAUUCUCAACAACAAAAUGGAGGAGAUGCCACGAAAAUUUCAUCCUCUACUGCUUUGGAAAUGCAAGAGGUGAAUGACCCAAAAAAUAUGGAAGUUUCUACUCCAUCAUCAUCCUCUCAAGAAAGUUCUGAAAAAGGAAUUGUACAAGUUUUGAUUGAGGAAUUGGGUCGAACUUAUUUCAAUUCAUUGGCUUCGCCAAUGGUGAAAAAACAUCCACUAGUGACAGCUCUCUUGCUGUUUCUAUUGUUUUGUUUGACAUUUGGCAUUUUCAUUGUCACAACCAUUGUUUCUUCUGAUUUUUGUGUCACUUAUGACCCUAUUGAGGUUUCUACCUAUGUCACACGAAAGAAUAAUAAUGAAAUUUGUAGAGAAGGAAUUUGUUUCACGUACAUGACCAUUUCGAAAGAUAUUUCCACACAAAUGAUUGUCAAUUUCCAACUCGUUGCCACUCGUCUCGAUGACGCCUAUGUCUAUUAUGGAACAUUUAACCCUCAAUUAGAUUUCCAAUUUAAUUCAAAUACUUCAAGCAAAAUUCAAGCAAGUUGCUUCAAAUUAGAUCAUGUCAUCAGUGAGGUUUCAAGAUAUCAAUGUUAUGCUAAUUUGGUGAAUUUGAGUCCAUCCUCUUCGUAUUAUGUGAAAACUGCUGCAGUGGGAGUUCCCAAUUAUUUCACUUCACAAGCAUCAUUGAUGGAAGAUUCGUUGGUGUAUAAAUUCAGAACUGCUCCAAGUGCAUACUCGAGUGUCGAUCGAGUCGUAUCCUUUGUGAAUGGUGGAGAUUUUGCUUGGAAAGAUUCAACUUAUGAGUUGGCUUCUGUGUUAACCAGUUUGGGAAAGAAUAUGGCCACAUGUCCUUAUUUUGCAAUGGUUGGAGGUGAUGUUGCAUAUGAAAAUGGAUGUCCUUAUUGUUAUCCAAGAUGGGAUCGAUGGUUUAGAAAUUGGGCCAAGUAUAUGGUUGUGAAAAUUGAUUAUUCUUCAACCAUUUCACAUGUGUAUACGUUACCUAUUGCAACAGCUGUUGGAAAUCAUGAAGCAGGAAAUUUCCAACGUUCUUCUCGAAAUGAGAAUGGUUAUUACAUUCGAUUGUUUCCACACGAAAUUGAAACUACACAAUCUUCUCCUCCACUCAUUGUUCCAGAUCCACAAAAUACAAGAGCUCUCCAAUACAUUCACUAUCUCUCUAAUCACACCUUGAUGAUGGUUUUGGAUUCAUGGGUUCAUGAGUCUCCAGCUCAGCAAGUGGAUUUCAUUGUUGGAUUUUUUGCAAAUUUAACAAAGAAUGAUGUCAAACUUUACAAGAAUCGAAUUGUGGUCAUUCAUGAAUGCAUGUACUCGUCAGCCAAGACAAAAAGUUCAAUAACUUUGGAAAUGAGAGACAAAUGGGAACAAUUAUUUUUGAAGAAUAAUGUGACACUUGUUUUUGAGAAUCAUGUUCACACUUACAAACAGACCUAUCCGAUACGUUUUGGAAAUGUCAUGGAUCCAACUGCCAACCCACUUGGAUCCAAAGAUGGAGCUCUCAAUGAUUACUCUUACGAAAGAAAUAUUUAUGGAACCAAUGGAGGAAGACCAAUGAAGGAGGACGAAAAGGCAAUCAUUUAUGCUGGAGAUGGAAGCUGGGGAGCCCAUUACUAUGGAGAUGUUAUUGAUUGGGGUAAUCCAAUAUUUAGACAAAUUGGAAUUGUUACACAUUUCUAUCAUGUUGUGACAUUUGACAGACCUGAUGGAAGCUCAGUCAUUCAAACCGCAGCGUAUGGCUAUGAUGAAACCACUGGAAAGGGAGUGAAAAUUCAAGGAAGUGGACUCACCAUUACCACCAAGUAA